AUGGCCACAGCGGGGUCCCGCCAGCUCCCGUUCGGGGACAGCGCCGCGUUCCCCGCGUACCGGCCCACGCACCGCGGGACCCUCCCGCCGCCUCCGGGCCCCGCCGCCGCCCUGCUCCCCGCGCGCCCCUUGGGGCCCGGCCCGGAUCGCUCCGCCCCGGCCUCCUUCCCCGGCUUCCUGGGGCGGGGCCCCGGGCCCUCCGCGCCGGCCCCCGCGGGCCUGGGCCCUCCUGCGCCCCCCAAAGGCGCGGCCGCCCCGUCGGCGUCGCAGCGCCGCAAGCGCACGGCGUUCAGCCCCGAGCAGCUGCGGCUGCUGGAGCUGGUCUUCCUCCGGACGGCGUACCCCGACAUCCACCUGCGCGAGCGCCUCGCCGCGCUCACCCUGCUGCCCGAGUCCAGGAUCCAGGUUUGGUUCCAGAACCGGCGCGCCAAGUCGCGGCGCCAGAGCGGGAAGUCCCGGCCGCCGGCAGCCUGCCCCGCGCUCCUCCCCGACCCCGCUGCUCACGGAACCGGAGCCGGAGCGCCGUGUUUGAAGGCCCAGCCGCCUCUGCCGGUGGAUGUGACCUGCCUGCCCUCGGCCAGCUCCCACGGCCAGAACGGCGAGACCUGCGCGCUCCCUGAGGACAUGGCCACCAAGCUGGACUCCUGGGAGGAGCACAUCCUCUCUGCCUUCGCGAGCUCUUGA